CACAGUCAGCGCGUCACUAACUAACCAAUGAGAAUUCAGCGCUUCCUUCAAUUUCUAUCCCAUCCACAACCAGUGUGGGAGUGGGGUAGUCGCGCUCAUAUUUAAUUUCGAAAUAAUUUGUAAAUCUGUGUAUACUCAAUUAUGGGGAAUACUCCGACUCACUAUAAAAGACGCUUUUCUGGAGACGUUUGUGGCAGACUCCCUAACUCAACACCACCUGGUGUCAGUGUUACUAUCCCUCCACCGAAAAAACGAAAUACUCAUAGUUUGACAGAUUUAUCACGUUCUGCUCCAGCCGAUUAUCCUAAUAAUGAAAUGUCAGUAGAUGACGACAAUGUUAGUCCUAAUGACAAAGAUACAAUCUCAAUUGAUGAAGCUACGUCAAUGAUGCGAGCUGCCAGUCUACGUGAACCUAUCAAUAUAAUCGAUGCUCAUGAUAAUCUUGAUGAUAAUAAUCGGUUAUACAAUGUGCUACCAUCUGACAAAAUGGUAACGUCAACAAUUUCUAGUGGUGAUGAGAAAAUUUCCAAUUUUCUUCAAGAAAGACCAUCUAGUGCAGGUCCAUUAUAUUCAACAGAUGAACAAAUAAUGUAUAAGCAUAGUCAACCACAAAUCAUUUUAAAUAAUGUUUCAAGAGAUCGUGCAAGAACUUUACCAUCCAGAAAGUUGGUUGGCUUAAAACUUCCUACUGUUUUUCGAUGGAAUGGUGGUGGUAAAGAUAUAUAUAUUAGUGGAACUUUUAAUAAUUGGGAGAAAAGAAUCCCUAUGGUUAAAAGAAACUCAGGAGUUUACGUAAUUAUUGAUUGUAAACCUGGUAUUCAUCAAUAUAAGUAUUUCAUUGAUGGGGCAUGGUAUCAUGACCCAACUAAACCAACUGUAGACAAUGAAUAUGGUACGAAAAAUAAUGUCGUUCAAGUCAGAUCAUCAGAUUUUGAUGUUCUACACGCGUUAGAACAUGAUCAAGCCAGUAGUCGAAGACGUUCAAAUAGUUCAGAAUCUAGCGAACACAUUAAAUGUUGAAUAUGUGUUUAAGUGUAAAUGAAUCAUAUAUAUUUCACCUCUGACACCAAGACAUUGUAUUCACGAGUGAAUUCGUUUUUGAACAAACUUGUACGCACAAUAGACAAAUCAAAUCCGCAAUGGUCUUGUGAAUAAAACUCUCAGUUGAUUCAACUGGAAAGGAAAUUUUGAAUAUAAAGGUAGACAAUUUGGGUGGUUACUCACCCCCUGGAGAAUAUGGUCGUUUUAUACCUGCAGAUAUAAGUGAGCUACAUAACAUAUCAACAUCAGUAUAUAGUCGACACAUGUCAAUCGCACCAGGUAAGGGGUCGCCACCUCAACCUCCCCUACUACCACCACAUUUGUUACAGGGUAUUUUAAAUAUGGAUACAAACACCCAUUGUGAUCCUAAUCUGCUGCCGCAACCAAAUCAUGUAAUUGUCAACCACCUAUAUGCUCUCUCGAUAAAGGUGAGUAGUUCCAUUUACCCAGUGUACGUAGGACGCAUUUCUGUACAUAUUAGCUUGCUUUUUUUAUCGAGUGGGUAUGUAUUUCCAUGAAGAUUACAUUACUGACG